AUUGGUUCAUGGGUUGAAAGAGAGGGCGAAAGAGCAGAAUACUCCGGGCCACAACUUCCGGAGGACAUCUGGUGUCAUAUACAUUCCCUACUACCAAUGCGAGAUGCUGCCCGAGCUGCUUGCGUGUCUCGUGCCUUUCUAAGUUUAUGGAGAUGCCAUCCAAAUCUUACAUUCAGUAUGGAAGCACUGGGCAUGAAUAUGAAUCCGUGUGGAGAGGAUGAAAUAGGAAAUUUCACCAAAAAAGUUGACCGCAUCUUAAAAAACCGCUCACGCACUGGUGUGAAGACACUCAGGAUUGUUUUCCGUUAUUCCAAUGCUAUGGUCAGCAAUGUUGAUAGGUGGCUUCAGACAGCUGUUACACCUGGGAUUGAAGAACUCACUGUUCAGCUUACACCUGGGAUUGAAGAACUCACUGUUCAGCUUACACCUGGGAUUGAAGAACUCACUGUUCAGCUAUCUUCAGCAUCGGGACCAUACUACAACUUCCCAUGGUCUCUUUUAGCUAAUGGGAAUGGAAACUCGAUGCAGCGUCUACACCUUUCCCAUUGUGUUUUCUCUCCCAGCGUUGAACUUGGCUUGAAAAACAUGACAAGGCUUGAUUUGUGUUAUGUCAGUAUCACAGAGGAGCAGCUGGGGUGCCUUCUUCACAAUUGCUUUGUUCUCCAAUGGAUGCGACUCUCACAAUGCAGUCCGCUAACUUGCCUUAAGAUUCCGUUCCAUCUGCAACAGCUCAGAUACCUGAAGGUGUUUGAAUGCAGGUCUCUACAGGUGAUAGUGAUAGAAGCUCCAAACCUCGUCAGUUUUAAUUUUCAUGAUUCCCACCAGGUACAGAUAUCAUUUGGAGUAGCAUUACAAUUGAAGAAGCUCGGCAUGUCCCAUCCUGGUGCUGUAUGUUAUGCUCGUGCUGAUCUCCCAUUGAGCUUGCCAAAUGUUGAAGAUCUUUCCCUGAGUUCAUGUAGUGAGAUGGUCGAUACACCAAUGCUGCCUAGCAAAUUCUUACACCUCAAGUACUUGAGUGUCAGUCUUUGUACAGUGACAUUUUCGCCUGCCUAUGACUAUUGUUCUCUCAUAUCCUUCUUUGAUGCUUCUCCUUCCUUGGAGACUUUCUUCUUGAAUGUGUUGCAGAAAGACAUGAAGCAUGAGUCAAUCGUGGGAGACCAUUCAAAUUUGAGGCAGGUACCAGGACACCGCCAUGAUAACCUGAAGACAGUGAAGAUCAUUGGUUUCUCCUCGGCGAAGAGCUUGGUUGAGCUGACAUGCCAUAUCAUUGAGAACGUGACGUCACUCGAAUGCCUUACAUUGGAUACCACACGAGGACAUCCUUGGGCCAGCUGCUCAUCCAACAGUACUGGCAAGUGCUUGCUGUUGCACUUGGAUUUUUUGGCGGAAGCUCGCAAGGGGCUCUCGGCUAUCAGGAGCUAUGUUGAGCCAAAGGUUCCCUCCAGAGUCAAGCUAAAUGUCGUGGAGCCUUGCCGCCGAUGCCAUGACCUCGAGCCGACGCCAUGAUCUCAAACUCUAGAUGCAACAAGUUGCUAUGUACGGUCAGAAGCAAACCAUUGCCAAUGUUCAGAAAGACCAGUGUGUUGUUCCAAGAGCCGUAUUUUUCCUUAAUGCCGUUUCUUGUUGCUUGACUGAACAUAAAAAACAUUUGCAUUCUAGCCUUUA